UCUCUCUCUCUCUCCGCGGGAAUUUGAAACAAGACGAUGAUCGACGUCAAAUUCGAAGACCAGGGGCAGCUGCAGCUUCUGGAUCGAGAGGAAGCAGAGGAGGAAGAAGAUUGCUUCGAAUCCAUCGACAAAUUGAUUUCUCAAGGGAUCAAUGCAGGAGACAUCAAGAAGCUUCAGGACGCGGGGAUCUACACUUGUAAUGGCCUAAUGAUGCACACGAAGAAGAGCUUGACAGGAAUAAAGGGAUUGUCCGAAGCGAAGGUCGAUAAAAUAUGUGAAGCUGCAGAGAAGCUUGUGAACAUGGGCUAUGUGACGGGAAGCGAUCUACUGCUUAGGCGAAAAUCGGUGAUUCGAAUAACAACUGGGAGCCAAGCCCUCGACGAGCUACUUGGCGGUGGAAUUGAGACGCUCUCGAUCACCGAGGCAUUUGGCGAAUUCCGGUCCGGGAAGACCCAGCUGGCCCACACCCUCUGUGUAUCCACCCAGCUUCCGAUCCACAUGCACGGUGGCAAUGGGAAGGUCGCUUACAUCGACACCGAGGGAACGUUCCGACCAGAUCGUAUUGUGCCGAUUGCAGAAAGGUUUGGGAUGGAUGCCAACGCUGUCCUGGAUAAUAUCAUUUAUGCGCGAGCGUAUACGUAUGAGCAUCAGUACAACUUGCUUCUGGGUUUGGCUGCGAAAAUGGCAGAAGAGCCCUUCAGGCUUCUGAUCGUGGAUUCUGUCAUCGCUCUGUUCCGCGUCGACUUCUCUGGAAGGGGGGAGCUUGCAGAGCGCCAGCAAAAGUUGGCGCAGAUGCUCUCCCGCCUAACGAAGAUCGCCGAAGAAUUCAACGUCGCAGUUUACAUGACCAAUCAAGUGAUUGCGGAUCCGGGUGGAGGGAUGUUCAUAUCGGACCCAAAGAAGCCGGCGGGAGGGCACGUGCUAGCGCAUGCAUCCACUAUCCGUCUGAUGCUGAGGAAAGGGAAAGGCGAGCAGCGCGUCUGCAAGAUCUUCGACGCCCCUAAUCUUCCUGAGGCUGAAGCCGUUUUCCAGAUAACACCGGGGGGCAUCAUGGAUGCGAAGGAUUGAUCCUUUCAGGUAAUUUAGGUUAAGGGCUUUCGCCUUUCUUGCAACGCUUGUGGUAGUAUACGGGAGUUGUCUUAACUGGUGCUAUCAGACAAGGUGCUAACGAACUUGACGGCCUUGUUCUUCUCCAGUUGAUUGGUAAUGGAGAGAAGGUAAGCUAAGCACUUUUAACUAAUGCAUAUUACAGUUGUAGCAUGUCAAAGUACGUUUACUGGAUCUAUGAAUUUGUCUAGUUAUAUUCGUGCUCUAUUUUGU